AGGGACCCAGGGGAGCAGGACCGGCGCGCCCCAGGGCCCCCCCGGCCCUCCGCGCGCCUUGGCACCGGAAAAUCAAACCCAGGCCGGCCGCCUCGCAGCCAAUCGCGGCGCAGACGGGCCCCGCUCGGGCCAAUGGAGGCCGCGCAUCGUAAUGGGGCGGCCGCGCGAGGCGGGCCCCGUUCAAAAAGUAGCCGCCAUUGUGGCCCGGGCCGCGCGCUGGCCGCGCGGGGACAGAACCCGCGCCCAUGGCCGGGGCCGCGACGGCCGAGCGGGGCGCCGAGCCGCCCGGCGCGCCCGGCACCGAGGGCCUGCCCCGCGCCUUUCUGCAGAGCCUGCGCACGCUCUUCGACAUCCUGGACGACCGGCGGCGCGGCUGCGUGCACCUGCGGGAGAUCGAGUCCCGCUGGCAGGGCGCCGACGCGCGCGAGCUGCCCCGCGGCGUGCUUGAGGGCCUGCGCCGAGUGGCCCCGGCCAGCGGCUACCUGACUUUCGAGCGCUUCGUGGCCGGCCUGCGCGCCUCGCUGCUGAGCGCCGACGGCGGCCCGCGGGGCCCCGCGCGCGCCCAGCCCCGGCCGCCCCUGCCGCCGCAGCGCCUGGCGUUCGCCCCGGCCGACGAGCCGCGCACCUUGCUGGAAAGGAAACCUCUGCCGCUGGCCGCGCGACCCCCGCCGGCCGACCCCGGCGGCGCGGCCCACAGCCCCGAGGGGCCGUGUGGCCCGGCCGAGGCGGCGCCCUGCCCCGCGGAGCCCGAGCGGCCGCAGGGCGCAGCGCUGGAGCGGAGCCCGAGUGCGGACGCCGGUGCAGCAGCCUGUGGGGCCUCGGAGGGAGGAGCCUGGGACGCACGCCGAGGCCCGCGAGCCCGAGGGGAGCGGCGGAGGCACACCAUCACGGACGGCGUGGACUGCGGCCUGCUGCGGCAGAUGAAAGAGCUGGAGGAGGAGAAGGAAGUACUGCUGCGCGGCCUGGAGAUGAUGGCGCGGGGCCGCGACUGGUACCAGCAGCAGCUGAAGCAGCUGCAGGAGCGCCAGUGCCGCCUGGGCCGAGGCCGAGCUGACCUUGGGGCUGCAGGGAGUCCCCGCCCACUGGGGCAGCUCCUGCCCCAGGCGCAGGAGGUGGUGCGAUGCUUGGGGGAGCUGCUGGCCGCUGCCUGUGUGGGCAGGGUGAGUGCCCCGGCUCCGGCCCUGCCCGCCAGCCCUGGUCCAGGGGCUGCGCCUGACCCGGCCCUCCCACAGGGACUGCCCUCCGGGCUCCCGAGCGCCGCGCCCUCGCCCAGCUGGCAGCAGCAAACCAUCCUGAUGCUUAAGGAGCAGAACCGCCUCCUGACACAGGAGGUGAGCGACAAGAGUGAGCGUAUCACGCAGCUGGAGCAGGAGAAGUCGGCCCUCAUCAAGCAGCUGUUCGAGGCCCGUGCACACAGCCAGCAGGACAGCGCAGCCCUGGACUCGACCUUCAUCUAGUGGGCCCACCCAGCAGUGGUCACUGGGAAUCCGGCGGGGCCAGCAGCAGCCACAUCCCCACAUUCCUGGCUGCCCCACUUGGCAGUGGACACUGGGGACCCACCCCGCGGGACCAGUGGCAGCCACGCCUCUGCAUCCUGGCCGGGCAGUGGACACUGGGGCUGCUGGGGACCCUGGCUGCCCAUCUCCAUUCCUGGUCU